AUGAAUGGAUAUCACCACUGUUAUUAUAUUGACCAUUUGAAAACCUCAAUAUAUAAAAAAGUUCCAGGAAUAUUACAACCUAAACGUGUCGGGAAAACUGGAUUCAGAGACCAUGAAACUAAUGUCGUUGGCAGCCCAAAACUCACCGCGAGUACGAGGUUUGCAUUCAUCCAAGGGAAACCUCAAUGGCCAAGCUCCAAGCGACACCUCACGUACGUGUUCGAAUCAGGUGUGGAGGGGGGUGCACCGUUAGGGCUUCUCCGGAGGGUUUUCAGAGAGGCAUUUCGGCAAUGGUCGUGCACGUCUUCGUUCACGUUCGAGGAGGCUCGGAGCGGAAUCACAGAUUGGGUUCUUCAGUGGAGACCACCGAGCGGAGAUGGGUUUCCGUUUGACAUGUUUGGACCCGUUUCGGCGCAUGCUUUUCAACCACCUGAUGGAAGGUUGCAUGUUGAUGCGGAUAAGCCGCGGAAUAAUGAAGUUUCGAUACAGAGGGGGUAUUAUGAUUUGGUGUGGGUGGCGAUGCAUGAGAUUGGUCACCUUCUUGGGCUUGGUCAUAGCCCGAUGCGUAUGUGCAUGCUGGAGUGAAUAAGAGGAAACUUACUGUGGAUGAUGUUGCAAGCAUAAAGGACUUGUACUCUUCGCCGGAUCAGAGUGAGAACUCUCAUGUGGUGCGAUUAUCGUCUUGUGUGAUCUUAAUUUGGUUUUGCUUACACAUUUUUUAUCUUAUUCUUUUAUGACUACAAGUGGAGAUUAAUGCCAGCAUUUGUCAAUAAAAAAAAAUAAAGACCAAUGUUUAGGUAUAGAAAGUGUUUGGUAACAAAUAAUUUUUUUCAUGCGAGAAUAUGAUUCCUUCAUGAUUCUUAAGUAUGCAUGAGAUCAACUCUCAAGC